GUGAGGAAUAAUCGGCAUCAAUGGCGAGCAUCUCGGUUCCUUUACCAAUAAUUGGAUUCUCAGCUCGAUCUCGGGGCCCUGGAGUUGCGAAUUUUAGCAAGGAUCUCUUCAGGAGUCACCAAUUAGUCUCUCCUCUUUCAUCUUCUCCAUUUCCCAAAGCUUUGUUUCACUGUUCAGAGUCACGACUCAGAGUUGUCGCCAAAAGUUCUCCUUCUCCUCCUCCUCCUUCUUCUGGGGAUGGUGUGGUUGAUUCGGAUGCUGCGGAGGCUGAGGCCUUUGCUUGGCCUUCUGUCAUUCUUCCGUUCCUGUUUCCAGCACUUGGAGGACUUCUCUUCGGUUAUGACAUUGGUGCCACCUCUGUUGCUUCCAUUUCUUUGCAGUCAGCUGAGCUCAGUGGUACCACCUGGUUCAACCUUUCUUCUGUGCAGCUUGGCCUUGUGGUUAGUGGAUCCCUUUAUGGAGCUCUUGCUGGAUCCCUCCUUGCAUAUCCUGUUUCGGAUUUUCUCGGAAGAAGAAGGGAGCUAAUUGCCGCUGCUGCAUUUUAUUUAAUUGGUGGUUUGAUUACUGGGAGUGCGCAGGAGCUUUUGGUUCUUAUAUUAGGCCGGUGUCUUUAUGGCAUUGGUAUAGGUCUGGCUAUGCAUGGAGCUCCCCUCUAUAUUGCUGAGACUGCCCCCUCACAAAUACGUGGAACAUUGAUAUCUCUAAAGGAGCUCUUUAUAGUUCUUGGGAUAUUGCUAGGUUACCUAGUUGGAAGCUUUGAGAUCAAUGCUGUUGGUGGAUGGCGUUACAUGUAUGGUUCCAGCGCGGCAAUUGCCAUUUUAAUGGGAAUAGGGAUGUGGAGUUUGCCACCAUCCCCAAGAUGGCUAUUGCUCAGGGCUGUUCAAGGCAAAAGUUCUUUACAGGAAAAUAGAGAGAAAGCUAUCUAUGCCCUAGGAAAACUCAGGGGUCGUCCACCCGGUGAUAAAGCUUCUGAAAAACAGAUAGAUGAUACUCUGAACUCCUUAAAGACUGCUUAUGCUGAGGAGAAACCUGAGGGAAGUUUAUGGGAAGUGUUUGAAGGAGCAAGUUUGAAGGCCUUCAUAAUUGGCGGUGGAUUGGUCCUUUUUCAGCAGAUAACUGGGCAACCGAGUGUGUUAUACUAUGCGGCAUCCAUUCUUCAGAGUGCUGGAUUUUCUGCUGCAGCUGAUGCUGCUAAAGUUUCAGUGCUUAUUGGGUCUUUUAAGCUACUGAUGACUGGGGUAGCUGUUUUAAAAGUUGAUGACCUUGGAAGACGUCCCUUAUUGAUUGGAGGUGUUGGCGGAAUUGUUUUAUCUUUGUUCCUUCUUGGUGCUUACUACAAAGGUCUUUCAGGCCUUCCUCUUGUCGCAGUUGGUGCUUUACUUUUGUAUGUUGGCUCAUACCAGGUGUCUUUUGGUCCUAUUAGUUGGCUAAUGGUAUCAGAGAUUUUCCCUAUUCGAACAAGAGGACGUGGAAUAAGUCUCGCAGUUCUUACCAACUUUGGCUCUAAUGCUCUUGUGACUUUUGCCUUUUCACCGUUGCAGGAGCUGCUGGGAGCAGGCAAUCUUUUUUUCGUCUUUGGUGCCAUAGCAUUGCUCUCACUUCUCUUCGUCAUCCUCUAUGUCCCGGAGACAAAAGGGUUGAGUUUAGAGAAAAUUGAAUCAAAGAUCUUUAAAAUAAAACCCUACAUCCUCCUUUCACAACGUGUAAACAUAUUUCGGAUGGAGAAGAUAAGAAAAAGAACAAGAGUUGGGUUUUUCAUAGGAUGUGUUUUCUUUGUUUCAAUGUUUUAUGAAGAUGUGGUGCUCUUUUGUCAUUUAUCAAACUUGAAUGGCAUAAAACAGGGACUAAAAAGCAAGAAAUUUUUUUAUUUGAGGCCGGCUUUGUUGUCCGAAAUGUUCUUUCAAGAUCUAUAUAUUAUUACUGUUUAGUCCCUCUUAUA